AAACUAUUUCUGAGUGUACUUUUCUAUUCCAAUAGUGACCAUGUCACAUCAUCAUUUUGCUCAAGGCCCAAAUCAUAAUUCAUUCCCAUUCAUUUUCGUCGUCGAUACCGGCAAAGAUUAUAGUGUGUGGUAUAUUAUGGCAGAUCCUCAAACGGAACGAGCCUUUCAGAAGCAGGACGCUAUUUCUUUAAAGCAAAUUGCGGGUGUAUCCAAGAAAAACGCUAGAUGGUACAAGAAUAUUGGUUUGGGGAUCAAAACACCAAAGGAAGCCAUUGAAGGGGAUUACAUCGAUAAGAAGUGUCCUUUUACGGGAAACGUUAGUAUUCGUGGAAGAAUAUUGAGAGGAACAGUCGUUUCUACUAAAAUGAAGAGGACGGUAAUCGUUCGACGAGAUUAUCUUCACUGGGUUUCCAAAUAUAAACGCUUUGAAAAACGACACAGGAAUAUACCGGCUCAUUGUUCCCCUUGUUUUCGUGUUAGAGAAGGAGACUUGGUGACUAUCGGAGAGUGUCGUCCCUUAUCCAAGACAGUUCGUUUCAAUAUUCUUAGAAUUGAUCGAGCAGCACCGGCAUCUGAAGCUGGGAAGAAAAUCUAUAGCUCUAUAUAAACUUGUCUUUCUACUGGAUAUCUUUGCAUGAUAUUUAUUUAUAUAUCAGCACUUUAUGAAAAUAGUUGCUUGAUUUGUUGAUACACAAUAGUAGAAGACUAGAUAUAGAAUGGCAUGAAAGUGUUGCGUA